AUGCGUCUGUCUAGUCUCCUCCUUGCGGCCUGUGGCGUGGUCGGCGCUGCCGCGCUGGGAGACCACCACUCGAUACGCCGGGCCGAUGACAAUGCUACAGAGACGGCUACAAACAAGACGAUGAUCGAGCCGAAGCGCUUCAUUGUUGAAUUCAACAAGGGAGCCGACGCAUCUGCCGUUGCCGACAACAUUGCCAAUCAGCGCGGCGCCAAGGUCGUCCGGUUAUUCAAGAGCGAGAUCUUUACUGGUGCGGCUGUCGAGACUGAUGUGGACAACAUCGACACACUCCAGGCGCUUGAGCCCGUCAAACAAGUAUGGCAAGGGCGAAAGUAUAGACUAGCUCCCGGCACCCCUCUUGCAUCCUUUACAGAGAAAGCUACUGCCAUUGACUAUAACAUCCAUCGCAUGACUGGCGUUGACAAACUACAUGCUGCGGGUAUACUGGGCAAGGGCGCCAAGGUUGCCGUUGUCGACACUGGCGUCUGGUAUACACAUGAAGCGCUUGGCGGUGGUUUUGGACAGGGCUUCAAGGUCGAGGGAGGAUACGACUUUGUUGGGGAGAGUGGUUGGCCGAAUAAUGGCCAAGUAAAACAGCCAGACGAUGAUCCAUUGGACGAGAUAGGACAUGGGACCCACGUCGCCGGCAUCGUUGCUGGAAAUAGUAGCAGUCUCACUGGAGUGGCUCCCGAGGCAACCCUAUAUGCGUACAAGGUGUUCGGCUUUCUCGACGGUACGGAUGAAGACACUCUCAUAGAGGCCUUUCUCAUGGCCUAUGAUGCGGGCGUCGACAUCAUAACGUGCUCCGUCGGCAGCAUCAAUGGUUUCAGUGAUAAUGCCUGGGCUGUAGUUGCGUCUAGGCUUGUGGAAAACGGGGUUGUUGUUACAAUCUCCGCGGGAAACAAUGGCGGCGCUGGAGCUUUUGCAGCCGGAACCGGAUCGUCUGGCGAGCACGUUGUGGCGGUGGCUUCUGUCGAGGCCGAUGUGAUUGCGGCUUCUUCCUUCAGGGGCGUGUUUAGUUUGGACGGUCAGUCCAACGAAACUCGUGUGGCCUACAUGGCUCUUCGGGACUGGUACCCGUCCGAAGUCAAGGAUUGGCCCAUCGUUCCCCUGAGCCUCAACAACAGCAAGCCUGGCGAGGCUUGUGAUGCUCUUCCGGUUGGCACCCCCGAUCUUACUGGCGUCGUUGCUCUCGUGCAACACGGAAGCUGCAGCUAUUACCAACAGCAGCGCAACCUCGCCCCAUUUAAUGCCUCUCACGUCAUAUUCUACAGCAACGAUCUGCCGUUAGUGAGACCAAACACAGGAGAGACAAGCAGCCGCAUCGCCAUGGUGGAGGCCAGCGUUGCUAACGCCAUCAUUGGUACGAUCAGGGCGGGUGGUAAGGUGACUGCAGACUUCGCUGACCGACCUUCUUCUCAUAUCGUCGGUAUCGACAAUAAGGAAAGGGGUGGUGCUAUCAGUGCUACCACGUCCAGGGGCCCCACAAAUGACCUCUUCAUCAAGGCCGACGUUGCGGCUCCCGGAGGAGACAUCUUCAGUUCGUACAUUGGCGGCGGAUACGUAACUCUCAGUGGAACGUCAAUGUCCUGCCCGUAUGUCGCCGGCAUCGCAGCUCUCUACGUAAGCAAGUUUGGCGGUCGUAGCACUCACGGGCCUGAGUGGGCCAAGAGCCUUGCGAUGCGGUUGAUCGCUUCUGGAGAUGCCCUCAAGUGGACUUACCGCCGACUUGAAGAUGACGAAGGUACUCCAUUCGCACCUGUUGCACAGGUUGGUACUGGUCUAAUAAACGCCACCAAGGUCCUUGAGUACGAGACAGCUUUGUCUUUUGCCAAAUUCGCACUCAACGAUACACUUCACUUCAGUCGUUACCACCCAGUCGAUAUCGUCAACAAGGGCUCUACACCAGUGUCGUACUCUUUCGAGCAGCAGGAAUCUGGCGGCAUGGACAAUUGGGGAUCUCAAAUCGGCGUCUCGCUCAACCCUCAAAUAUCGUUUCCUCGUGUAGUGACUAUCCAGCCAGGAGAGACAAAAUCCGUGCAGUUCAACUUCAAGUAUCCCGAGAACCACGGCGUCGACCCUGCCCAGCUACCCAUAUACAGUGGCAAAGUCUUGAUCAAGGGCAGCAAUGGCGAAACCCUUGGUGUGCCAUACCUGGGACUGGCCGCCGACCUGCACAAGGACGUCGGCUCAAUAUUCGAUUACCCGUUUGGCUGGCCUGAACUCACAUCUACCCCAAGCAAAAUACCCAUUUCCGAAAAGUCCAACUUCACUCUCAACCUCGAAAUCGAGGCCCAAGACUUUCCUCGCCUCUGGGUCCGAACGAAGUUCGCCACGAGAGAGCUCAGAUGGGACAUUUUCGAGGCGUCGUGGAAAGAGCGAGACUGGAAGUACCCUCCCGUCGCCGGCGAGGCGGGUUUCAUCGGAGCGGCGACGAGCUGGACUGGAGCGGACACGAGGCCCUACAUCGACCCCGGUGAAGACGACCCCAACGACUUGAUCACCCUGCCCAUCCGUGACAUGCCCAGACACAUUAGUGGCUUGCCUGGUACCCAGCUGUGGUGGCUGGGGCGACUGGCGAAUGGCACCCAGAUUCCUCCCGGGACGUAUAAGAUGCGAAUUGCUGCUCUCAUGCCGUUUGGAAAUCCCAAGGCAUCGGACAACUGGGAUGUAUAUGAGACUCCUGCUAUUGAUAUUCUUCCGCUAGAGGGUUAG